AUGAUAUUGGCUCUGACGUCUAAGGGCACAGCAGGAGUGGAAAUGAUCCUCAUAGAAGACUCGGUCAGAGAAACAGAUCCCUGGUCAGACUGGAGACCUGAGAGACUGAGGGAGACCACAACAGCAGACGAAGAGGAGGGUGAAGAACUCACUGCAACCCACCCUGAAGAGAAGAGGGAGGAAGAGGGGAGGAGCGAGGAAGGACUAACUCCAGAGACUGAAUCUGAGAAGUGGAGAAUAGAGGAGGAGAAGGGGGCAGCAGAGCAGGAGGGCCAUGAGGAAGAGCGAGGGAUGGAGGAAGAGGGGAGGAGCGAGGAAGGACUAACUCCAGAGACUGAAUCUGAGAAGUGGAGAAUAGAGGAGGAGAAGGGGGCAGCAGAGCAGGAGGGCCAUGAGGAAGAGCGAGGGAUGGAGGAAGAAAGAACGCUGGUUGGAGGGCUUGAUUACAGAGAGAAGAAGAGAUUUGAAAAUUGGGAGAUAGAAGCUGAUGAGGAACAUGAAGAGGAGGAGGAGAGAAGAGAUAAUGGAGAGGGGAGACAUGAAGAAGGGAUUAGAUCAGAUGAUGAGGAGAGAGGUGGUAAGGAACAGAGAGCAUAUGGAGGAGAGGAGAAACUAGAGGAAAACCUGAGAGUUGGGGAAGUUAAAGAACCCAGUGUAGAUCAAAGCGAGGGAAACUACUUAGUCGUUACACACAUAGACCUCCCCUCUCCAACCAGCACUUCCUCCUCUCCAGUAGAAAAAGUAAUGGACACUCAACCUGUCAAUCAAGCUAUCAACGAAUCCAUGUCCCCUCCCCCUGCAGCUAUGCCUGUUCCACUUUAUGAUGUCACUCCUCCACCUGCCACUCAACAUGGGCCUCCACCAGUUACGCCCUCUACCCCCUCUCAAGUUCCAGAGUCUGCCACUCAUGCUCUCACUCAACCUGCCAGUCAUUUCCAAGACCCGGCUCCAGAGGCAGAGGAGGCCAUCUCAUUGGUGGACAGUGAGCUCAUUAUGGUUCAGAGUGUGACUGACAGCUCCCAGACAAAUCUCAGGGAGGGGGAGAGUUUUGUUUCUCAGUCGAUGGAGGUCAAAGUUGGCCCAAUUAUCAAGGUUUCAAUCAACGACAAUCAGACUGAGAGGAACAGCAUUGUCUUUCUCAAAGAGACAGAAAAUACAGUCAAGCAGCUCAAGUCUACAGACAAACCAAAACAGGAAAAACUCACAGCCAAGGAACUGCAACCUACAGCCAAACCAAAAGAGAUGACAAAACCAACAGCCAAACCCAACGUGACGGUACAGACAAACUCCACACCCAAAACACUACAGACAAACCAUACACUCAAAACACUACAGACAAAACGUACACCCAAAACACAACAGACAAAAUCUACAGCCAAACCAGCAGUGCCAAAACACACAAUGAAGCUGACACAGACCACCAAGAGUAUCAAGACAAAGACAGGGAAACAUCAAAAGAAAGACAAAAUAAAUGAGAGGAAAGGUAAACCUCUGAAAAAGGACAACACAACCAAAGAGACAAAACAGGAGAAGGAGGGCACAAAUCCUGCAUACUUCCCCUACUUCAAAGACAACUACUGUCCCCUGGAAUGUGCCUGCUAUGGACGAGUGGUCCAGUGUUCCGACAAGGGGCUGGAGAAGGUUCCGUACGGCAUCCCUUAUAACUCCCGCUACGUCCUCCUGAUGAACAACCGCAUCAACAGCAUUCAGCUGGACCUGCUCAAUGAGUACCUGUCCAUGGAGUUCCUGGUGCUCAGCAACAACCGGCUGACAGACGGCUCCAUCGAAGGGGCCUUCGAGGGCAUCCCGGCCCUGAGACGGCUCUACCUGGACCGGAACCUACUGGAGAGCGUGCCCACAGACCUGCCCGCCUCCCUGGAAGAGCUGCGUCUGGAUAACAACCGGCUUAAUGUGAUGUCAGAGGGAGCCUGGGCCAACUGCCCCGGCCUGCUGGUCCUCAGCCUGAGCAACAACAGCCUGGGGAAUGGGAACGAUACUCUCCCCGCCAGUGUGCUCUCACCUCUGGGCAGCCUGCGCACCCUCAGCCUGGACUGCAACCGGCUGGCCUCGGUGCCUCUUGGCUUACCUCUAUCUAUCAGGGAGUUGUACCUCCGUGGCAACCUUAUCCAGCAGUUUCCAGGGGAGGCCUUCGUGGGUACCUCGGAGCUGGUGAUUCUGGAUCUGAGUGCUAACUGGCUAACCAACCAUGGCCUUCUCAGGGAGUCCCUCAUCAACGCCACCCACCUGGAGAGCCUCAACUUAGAGGGCAACCAGCUCAAGAAGGUACCCCGCCACCUCCCCUCUUCCCUCAAAACCCUGAACCUGGAGGGCAACCUCAUCUCCUCUGUGGGCAAAGCCUCCUUCCUCCACCUCCCCCACCUGGAGCACCUGGGCCUGGCCAGGAACAAGAUAGCCAGGGUGGCCUCGGGGGCCUUCAGGGCGCUGCCCGUCCUGCACCAGCUGGACCUGUGUCACAAUGCCCUGAGCCAGGUGCCCAGGCAGCUGCCCCGGGGGCUACACUCAGUGGCACUCACACACAACAAGAUCCACUCAGUGCCCCGCGACGCCUUCUGCUGGGGGGGUUCAGACCCCAGCCUCAGCAGCCUGGUGCUGGUGCAGCUGGAGCACAACCUCAUAGACCUGGGCCACCUGGACGCAAAAGCCUUCCACUGCCUCAGAGGCUUCCAGAUGGUACACUUCUACUGAGCUGCAGUCUAUAGAAUCCUGCAGGACAGUCAUACUGCAAGUAUAGAUUAUAGACAAUCCCACAACUGAAACCAAUUGCAGGGUUUUUUCUGCUCAACCUGAAAGUCCGUUGGGCUCUAGAAUGGCGGUAAAAUGUUCUGCAAUACACAGAGAAACAAACAUCAUGUCGGGAGCUGAUUUUGAUUCAACAUUACUAGGUAACAAUGCAAGAUGGUCAGUUGAGUGAACUUGGAUCUCAAUGUGUAUAACUAUACUGUACUGUAUGUCGUCGCUUGGGUAAAGCUGUGAUUGAUGGAAGCCGUAGUGUUCAGAGAAAAUACUUACUGGAACCGCUCCCAUGAAGUCUGUGUUGAAAGACUAUGGCCUACUUAAAGGUCAAUGAUGCCACAUACAGUUGAAGUCGGAAGUUUACAUACACCUUAGACAAAUUCAUUUAAACUCAGUUUUUCACAAUUCAUGACAUUUAAUCCUAGUAGAAAUUCCCUGUCGUUGGUCAGUUAGGAUCACCACUGUUUUAAGAAUGUGAAAUGUCAGAAUAAUAAUAGAGGGAAUUAUUUCUUUCAGCUUUUAUUUCUUUCAUCACAUUCCCAGUGGGUCAGAAGUUUACAUUCACUCAAUUGGUAUUUUGUAGCAUUGCCUUUAAAUUGUUUAACUUGGGUUAAACGUUUCGGGUGGCCUUCCACAAGCCUCCCACAAUAAGUUGGGUGAAUUUUGGGCCAUUCCUCCUGACAGAGCUGGUGUAACUGAGUCAGGUUUGUAGGCCUCCUUGCUUCCACAUGCCUUUUCAGUUCUGCCCACACAUUUUCUAUGGGAUUGAGGUCAGGGGUUUGUGGCCACUCCAAUACCUUGACUUUGUUGUCCUUAAGCCAUUUUGCCACAACUUUGGAAGUAUGCUUGGUGUCAUUGUCAAUUUGGAAGACCCAUUUGCGACCAAGCUUUAACUUCCUGACCGAUGUCUUAAAAUGUUGCUUCAAUAUAUCCACAUAAUUUUCUAUCCUCAUGAUGCCAUCUAUUUUGUGAAGUGCACCAGUCCCUCCUGCAGCAAAGCACCCCCACAACAUGAUGCUGCCACCCCCGUGAUUCACAGUUGCGAUGGUGUUCUUCGGCUUGUAAGCCUCCCCCUUUUUCCUCUAAACAUAAUGAUGGUCAUUGCGGCCAAACAGGUCUAUUUUUGUUUCAUCAGACCAAAGGACAUUUCUCCAAAAAGUACGACCUGUGUCCCCAUGUGCAGUUGCAAACCGUAGUCUGGCUUUUUAUGGCAGUUUUGGAGCAGUGGCUUCUUCCUUGCUGAGCGACCUUUCAGGUUAUGUUGAUAUAGGACUCGUUUUACUGUGGAUAUAGAUACUUUUAUACCUGUUUCCUCAAGCAUCUUCACAAGGUCCCUUGCUGUUGUUCUGGGAUUGAUUUGCACUUUUCGCACCAAAGUACGUUCAUCUCUAGGAGACAGAACGCGUCUCCUUCCUGAGCAGUAUGAUGGCUGCGUGGUCCCAUGGUGUUUAUACUUGCGUUCUAUUGUUUGUACAGAUGAAUAUGGUACCUUCAGGCGUUUGGAAAUUGCUCCCAAGGAUGAACCAGACUUGUGGAGGUCUACAAUUUAUUUUCUGAGGUCUUGGCUGAUUUAUUUGGAUUUUCCCAUGAUGUCAAGUAAAGAGGCACUGAUUUUGAAGGUAGGCCUUGAAAUACAUCCCUAGGUACACCUCCAGUUGACUCAAAUGAUGUCAACUAGCCUAUCAGAAGCUUCUAAAACCAUGACAUACAUUUCUGGAAUUUUCCAAGCUGUUUUAAAGGCACAGUCAACUUAGUGUAUGUAAACUUCUGACCCACUGGAAUUGUGAUACAGUGAAAUAAUCUGUCUGUAAACAAUUGUUGUAAAAAUGACUUGUGUCAUGCACAAAGUAGAUGUCCUAACCAACUUUCCAAAACUAUAGUUUGUUAAUUAACAAGAAAUUUGUGGAGUGGUUGAAAAUGAGUUUUAAUGACUCCAACCUAAGUGUAUGUAAACUUCCAUCUCCAACUGUAUGUGACUGUCAGCUGUAUCUUAGCAAUCUUAUCAUUGGAAUACUUGUUAGCUAAAUGUGUUUCUAUUCAAUGUUGUCAUGUGAUUUAAAUUAAAGUGCCAUUAGUGGUCUGGAAGAGUCUCUCUUCUGGAAGAGUGUGAAUUGGUGAGUAAAUGGCAAAGCCUUAUUAACAAAAGCAACUCCAUUUCAACUCACGUUGGCCUAAUAUGGGCAAGAAACAAGUCUAUGAAAAAUGUCUGCCUGCUGCAAAAUGAUUCUCCAAUAGCCCUUUAUUCAUUUCCAGAACCACCUCCAGAUACUUUUCAUAAGAGGGCUGGGGUAAUAUUUGAUUGCCUAUCGUUAUUUAAGCUGAAAUGUGUUUAUCUGAACGCAAAUUUAUUUUAUGGGUAAGAGCUUGGCCGUGCUGUACACCAAAUCCUUGGCUUGGCUGCUGGUUAUUAUUGGAUAGAAACAUGAUUUUAAACUUUUACAUUUUUUAAGGGCACCACUUGUUUUUUUCAUGCCUCAUAAUGGCCUCUGCAGUCCAAAUGUUUCCAUUCUAAAGCGUUCUCUCUGCUUCCUGUAAACAAGUUAAUAAGAGAUGUGUUUAUAUAAAAUAUGUAUACAGCCAUGUCUGGUGAUUAACUGCACCAAAAAUAUCAAACUUCCUGGAUGAAUAACAUUCCAAUGAGAGUUUCUUGAUUAGAUCAUGUUUUACCCUGCAGCAAUGAUGGAUAACUGCUGUACAUUGCAAAUGUAUCCAUGAUUGGAUGUUGAUACAGUGCAUUCGGGAAAGUAUUCAGACCCCUUGACUUUUUCCACAUUUUCUUACAUUAAAGCCUUA